UCAAGCUUCAACUGCCAGUGGUUUCAUUGAAACAGACACAGAUUCAUGAUAAUGCUGAAACUUUUAUGGAAAUCUUGGUAAAUCGCAUUUCCUUGUUUAGUCACCGAGUCCCAGUGAGCAUGCGCACUUAGUAAGCUAUUUAGGAAGUUUUGACCAUAGAUUUUGACUGAGUUUGCUAAGUAAUAACCUGGACAACAACGUGAGUUUUUCCCGUCAACGCACAGCUUUCUCCAAUCCUGUCCAGAUGUCCAUGAUCUCAGAAAAUGACUUAGAGCAGCUGGCUGAAAUAGAGCUCCAGAGGGAUGAGGAGGAACAGGAGGAGGAGCGACCCACAGCUAGUACUCGCAACGAUGCCAUCACUGACACCUCCCACCCUUACUAUGAUGUAGCACGACACGGCAUUCUUCAAGUCACAGGUGAUGACAACUAUGGCCGGAAGCUCAUCAUCUUCAGCAGCUGCUGCAUGCCCCCCUCCCAUCAGCUUAACCACCAAAGACUGCUAGAGUACCUGAAGUACACCCUGGACCAGUAUGUGGAGAGCGACUACACUGUGGUCUACUAUCACUAUGGCCUACGCAGCAGCAACAAGCCCUCUCUGCGCUGGCUCCGAGAUGCCUACAAGGAGUUUGACCGAAAGUACAAGAAGAACCUGAAAGCUCUGUAUGUUGUCCACCCCACAAACUUCAUCAAGAUCAUAUGGAACAUCUUCAAACCUCUGAUAAGUCAUAAGUUUGGAAAGAAACUGACCUAUGUGAACUACCUGGCAGAACUGAGAGACCACCUUGACUAUGACCAGCUCAUCGUUCCCCCAGACGUUAAAAGACACGAUGAGAAACUCCGGGCCAGUCAGAAAGGAGGACUGCCACCUUCAGUGAGAGUCCCACCACCGCGACCCCCCCUCCCCACCCAGCAGUUUGGCGUCAGUCUGCAGUAUAUCCGAGACAAAAACAAUGGAGUUCUCAUACCCCCAGUUGUAAGUGAAACUGUGUCCUACCUCCAACAGAAAGGUCUGCACACAGAGGGCAUCUUCAGGAGGUCAGCUCGAGUUCAGCUCAUCAAGGACAUCAAGAAACUCUAUAACUUAGGAAAACCAGUGAACUUUGAGGAGUACGGGGAUGUCCAUGUUCCUGCUGUCAUCUUGAAGACGUUUCUUAGGGAACUGCCCGAACCCCUCCUGACCUUCGCCCUGUAUGACCAUAUCUUGGACAUCACCAGGGUUGAAAGUUGCCUCCGAGUCUCAAGAUGCAAGCGCAUUGUGGAAUCCCUGGCUGAACCCAACUACAUUGUGCUCAAGUACUUGGUCUGCUUCUUGAACAUGGUCUCCCAGAAGAACGUCCAUAACAAGAUGAGCUCGUCUAACCUGGCGUGUGUGUUCGGCGUGAACCUGGCGCGUCCCCCUCAGGGCUCGGUGUCGCUCAGCGCUCUGACGCCCCUCAACAUCUUCACCGAGCUGCUCGUAGAGCACUACCACAUCAUCUUCGGCUGCCGCAACCCCGCCUCUCAGGUGCUGCCCUGAUGUGGCCUACCCACCCCACACUGCCCCUUACACCCACUGCCACCUCAAAGCUUUGUUCCCCCAUCUCACGGCAAAGUAACUGCACCUGAGAACCGGAGACCUCCACACACACACGUCCACUUUUGUGAAAUGCCCUUGCUCCUCCUGGGCCACAUGCCACUAGGGUGUGUUGGAUCAGUUUGAUUACUUGGUUCCUGUUUGUUAUAUGGGGUCACCUGUACUAUUUUAGAGGCGUUGUAAGCUCAUUUUGUUACAAAAAAGUAUAUAUGUGUAUAGCUCUUUUUUUACUUUGAAUACAAGGGUGCUGUACUGUAUCUUGUCUCCAAAAGAGUGAUAUCUGCAACACUGUGCUAAAUCUAUAUUAUUGUAUAUUUUUUUUAAUUUAUUUUAUUUUCAAAACACUAAAUGAAACCUGAGCAUGCUACAAAGAGAAAGGAAAAAGAAGCCUUUUAAGCCGGCUAUUGCCAUGGCAACCCGCUCUUGCUUGCAGCUGCUCUGGAGAUAACCUUGAAGGCUGGGAUGUCAGGGGGUGGGGGUGGGUAGUCACACUUUACUGUAGUGGAUACAGAGACCUGACAGGGCGUUUGUGUGAGCGCCUCAUUUUCUCACAUCAUGUUUCCCUAGUCCAGCUUGUUAGGGACAAGCUGUGGACCCGACACAUAAAAGCUCUUUGGACCUUGCCAUGGUUCAUAACAUCAAGCAUCUGUCGGGGUCUCCAGUGAGCGGCCCAUUGAAGCACUAGUGUGUCUCAAUCGCUUGCUCUUGUCACACAUCAAAAAGCAACUGGAUCAGUGCUUUCACUUGCAGCGUUGCCUAGACAAGUCUGUGGUAGUUGGGAAUGAUCAGGUUUUUCAGGCUUGUAAGCUUAGAGGGUUUCCAAUUGGAUUGUGUAGUAACACUUAACAUGUUCGAUACAGACACAGGUUAUGCCUUGGGACAUGAACGAAAGUGCCUUCUGUUCUUCUGUAGUACUGUAUGUCAAAAAAGGUAUUCAGUGUUAUGUCAUUACCAGGAAUUAAUGAUCACAGACAAUAAUAAGAUCUGGAGGAAGUUUGUGUCUUAAGAUAAGAUAAACCUCCUCUACAUACAGAGCCCCAUAGUUAUUGGGGGACUGCUCAAGAUGACACACGAGAGUGAGACAGCUUGAAAAGAAUGCCACGUCACACCGCCCUGUUCUUUUCCUCCUCUUCCACGUCGGCCGCUUUGACAGGGAGAAUUCGUUGAGGAUGACAGCGGGAGCCAAGCUGUCAGAGGGCAUUAGGGAAGAUUUAGUGCCUUCUUCUGGAUCUCCUCCGCCAAAGUAGGAGUGCUAACACUAGGGGGCGCUCCUCCUGCAACAGGAGACUUGUGAUUGAGCUUUGCCUGGGUCUGGACCCUUCCUGGGUCUGUGUGUGUCUACUCAAGCUGGCACUCUGCUAGCAGGAAAGGUGUUAUUAUACUCACAAGACGGAGACAUUAAACCCUCACGCUGCUGCUCCUAGUGCUACUGCUGUCAGUGAAUGGUCUCUUGAUGAUGGUUAUGAUGUUCCUCUGUAUAUUUAUGGGUUGUGUAAUUGUGCUCUCUACCAUCUGUCUUUGUGUGUAUAUCUGUUUAUGUGAAGGACAAGCAGAGUUUGUUUUGUCUAGUUAUAAGAGUAUAUAUAACUAAGCAUUUAACUUAGGCUAUUGUGCCUUUCAUUCCUAACAUUUUUGUAUGGGGUCCAAUUAUACUACUGACCACUUGCAAGAACUUAUUUUACAUAUUUAUAAUGCAAUAUUAAGACUCCAAAGCUACUCAACCGCAACAGAUUUUUUUCUUAGAUUUUUUGUUUAUUAAUGAAUCAGUUUUUCGUAAGAACUUGGUACAAAAAAAGUGAGACUACUCUUUACCAUUUACCAACUUCCAUCAAUCAACUUUUAAUGCAUCAUGAAGAAGAAAAAACUACAUUGGCAUAUGUAAGACAAACACUUUCCUAUACAUACUAUCCACUGGACAGUCCCCUUGUUUUAUGACAAUGAAAAAGAAAACACUACUUCAACAGUCCCAAAGACAUUUUCAAUCUAAAACUUGGCGUGUUUUCUUCUCUUCUUCUCUGUCUUCGUUCUUGGUUUUCCUCGUUUUAAAAGGACAUAUCAAAUGUUGCAAGCUAAGUCAGAAUGCAUAAUUGGCAAACAAUAAAAACGCUUAUUUUUUUGUCAUCAUUA